AUGGAGACCCCGGUGUCCGUAACCAGCUCGAACGAAGAGAUUGAGUCUUCGGAAUCGGCAACUCCAACACCAGAACCGCCCGGAAAGCCAUCAUUUGUCAUAGAAAUAAGACCACCAGCGAGAUAUAAACCGGGAUGCGGUCCAACGCUGCAGCCAUUGAGACUGCUACCCCCCAAGGAGUCCAAUGCCUACAUAAUCGAGCGGAUUCUGCUACCGUCGCCCGGCCUGGCCGCUGAUGGUAAACCGUUGCCAAAACGAAUGACAUAUAUCGUUGGAUGGCGCGAUCUCCCAGCGGCGAGCUUGUUGGUUCCUGCUAUGAAGAUUCUCGACUAUGUGUCCCCCAAGGUUUUGGAGGAUUGGGAAGAGAAGCUGGAGGCAGAAGUGGAUGAGGAGCGGAUCAAAUUAGCGGAAGAAGAGCUACAUGGGACCACGGGCUUACAAAAACAUAAGGCCCGACCACCAACUCAUACAGGGAUCGAGUCAGCGGUUGCUUUUGAGCCCGAAACUGAACCUGAAGAUGUCGGUCGCCAUAAGAUGGGGGCCAUGAGUUUGUCAACGCCGAAGAAACGAAAGCUGGCUGACUUCGAAGGGCUCUCUGAUGACGACGAUAGCCCGUCGAAUCAGAUAGCGCGCGAGAUGUUUGGGCAAACCAGCCGGGAGCUCUCUUCGGAUAUUCCUGGUGGUGAAGCUGUAGCCGAAGCCGAAACUGAAAUCGAGGCCGUACAUAUGGAGCCGAUACGUGAUAUAUCACCAAAGGAUGGCCCGCAAACGCCUCCGAAAAACAGCAUGCCUACUCCAGUGCCGCUGCCGGCAUACGUGAACGGACUAAUAGGUCACAACAAUUCUUUUUCAAGGCCGCCGCAGCUACCAGCCCUGAGACCAAGCCCAGGCGGUGGUGUAGAGCAUCGUCAUUACAGUGCACUGGUGGAUUCCAUAGAAGGAACCAGUAGUGCUGAUGGAGGCCUGUUUAACGCCUUGGGAGGGGAUAUCAACUAUGUCGAAACGUCCAUUACUCUAGAGCCGACGAGUGAUGUACCGAGAAGCACGUCCGCCAGUCGAAAAGCUAACGGCUCUACCAAAAAGUCACAUCCACCUAGGCCAACAAAGAAGAGACGCAAGGCAUCACCGCCCAUUAAAGAGAUUGGGGAGGACGGUGAGCCAACCUGGGAAGUAGAAAGGUUGGAGGAUGUUGCGCGUUAUGAUGUCGAAGGUCGCGGCCUCGUGAGAUACUUCCUGGUUCGGUGGGCAGGUGAUUGGCCCCCAGACCAACAGACCUCUUGGGAACCGGAGGAACACAUUCCAUCCAGGCUGAUUCGAACAUACACGAAGAUGGAUAAGAAGAAGAGGGCAAAACUUGCUUCCCAGCAUAAUAACAAACCGCCGACGCGGGUUGGUGGAGGCGAUUUGAAUGCCGAAUAUAGCUCUAUCAACGAACUGUUCGACCCAGACGCCCAGGAGAAUUACCAGGCAGGCGGCACAUCGCUUGACCCUGGCCAACAAGAAAGCCUGUUUGUUGAGGAUGACUUGGAUAAGGAGGUGUUUGUGGUGGAUGAGAAUUCUGAAACGAAACACGGCUUUGGGAACAAAACGACCAUGACAUUGUCACAACGGGCGUUUGGAGUGUAUUAA